AGUACCAGGGAGAUCGUUUCGAAGGCACAAGUCAUCACUUGGAGUUUUGCUCUUGCGUUGGAAGCUGUUGUUAUUGUCGUUGGAAACUUGCUCACUACUGUACUCUUUGCAUCUAACAAAGAGCUUCGAACUAAGAAAAGUUUAUAUCUUGUUCUGAAUAUGGCGUUUGCUGAUCUGGUGCUUGGAGGUGUGUGUCUUCCUACAUCUGUUUAUGUUCUUGGUACUCGUAACUGGUUAUCGCAGGAACUUACAUCUCCAACCAGUUUUUUAAAAAUUGUCGUUACGGUUUUCUCGCAAGCCUCACUCAUUACCGCUGCUUUGAUAUCUGCAGAGAGAUUUUAUGCCAUAUAUUGGCCAUUGAAGCACCGAAAACUUACAACGCGAGCAUACAAGCUGUUUAUUUUGACGGUGUGGAUUGUAGCAACUCUUUUUCAUACGGUUUAUCUUCUGUCAUUCUUCACCCCUCUAGCUGUGUAUACUUUCGUAUCUUUCUACGCUUUGUUUGUAGCUCUCACAAUUUGUGGUUUUAACNCCUACAUCUGUUUAUGUUCUUGGUACUCGUAACUGGUUAUCGCAGGAACUUACAUCUCCAACCAGUUUUUUAAAAAUUGUCGUUACGGUUUUCUCGCAAGCCUCACUCAUUACCGCUGCUUUGAUAUCUGCAGAGAGAUUUUAUGCCAUAUAUUGGCCAUUGAAGCACCGAAAACUUACAACGCGAGCAUACAAGCUGUUUAUUUUGACGGUGUGGAUUGUAGCAACUCUUUUUCAUACGGUUUAUCUUCUGUCAUUCUUCACCCCUCUAGCUGUGUAUACUUUCGUAUCUUUCUACGCUUUGUUUGUGGCUCUCACAAUUUGUGGUUUUAACAUCGGUAUCUGGCGAAAAUGCCAGCAAAAAACUACUUCUCAUCACCAAAACAGAGCCUUACAAAAUCAGCGCCUGACAAAGGCGUUAUUAUUAGUAUCUGUUUCAACUUCGUGUUCUUGGCUCCCGACGAUUAUUUUCAAUUUGAUAAGUAUUUUUGGAUACAAAAUGUCUGAAAACAUAUUCCUCCUAACUGUGUUUGUACAUUUUAGCAGCUCGUUUAUCAAUCCAAUAGUGUACGCUUUGAGAAUUCCUGAGUCUAGGCAAUCUUUAAAUUUCUUCCGUUUUAAAAGGCAGGAAGUAAAGCACAGCGAAGGAAAUGCAGGAAAAGCUGAUAUCGCAUCCAAUCACAACAAGGUACAGCUCACUUUCGAAGGGAAAUUGUGGAGGAUACGAAAUUGUGAUCAUCCGUGGAAACUCAUCAAGCUGACGGUAUACUUUGAAGAAAAAUAG